UCUGUCCCGCCAGCACUCAGCUCUGCCGUCGCCAAUACCGCUGCCAGGGAUGAUGGACGGGCCUCGUUCAGAUGUGGGCCGCUGGGGCGGGAACCCCUUGCAGCCCCCUACCACGCCUUCUCCAGAGCCGGAGCCAGAGCCAGACAGACGUUCUCACAGAAGAGGCUUCUGGGCUCGCUGCUGUGGCUGCUGCUCAUGCCGAAAUGUGGCGGAUGAUGACUGGGGGCCCGAACCCUCUGGCUCCAGGGGUCGAGGGUCCCGCUCUGGGGGUCGAAGAACUGACUCUGGGGGCUCAGACUCCCGCCGGCCUGUCUCCCGGGGCAGCGGUGUAAACGCAGCAGGAGAUGGCACCAUUCGAGAGGGCAUGCUGGUGGUGACCGGUGUGGAUUUGCUGAGCUCACGCUCAGACCAGAACCGCCGGGAGCACCACACGGACGAGUUCGAGUACGACGAGCUGAUUGUGCGCCGCGGGCAGCCUUUCCACAUAGUCAUCCUCCUGUCCCGGCCCUACGAGUCCUCCGAUCGUAUCACCCUUGAGCUGCUCAUCGGAAACAACCCUGAGGUGGGCAAGGGCACUCACGUGAUCAUCCCCGUGGGCAAGGGAGGCAGCGGGGGCUGGAAGGCCCAGGUGACCAAGGCCAGUGGGAAAGACCUGAAUCUGCGGGUCCACACCUCCCCUAACGCCAUCAUCGGCAAGUUCCAGUUCACAGUCCGCACACACACAGACGCUGGGGAGUUCCAGUUGCCCUUUGACCCCCGCAAUGAGAUCUACAUCCUCUUCAACCCCUGGUGCCCAGAGGACAUCGUGUAUGUGGACCAUGAGGAUUGGCGGCAGGAGUACGUGCUUAACGAGUCGGGGAGAAUUUACUACGGGACCGAGGCGCAGAUUGGCGAGCGGACCUGGAACUAUGGCCAGUUUGACCACGGAGUGCUGGAUGCCUGCCUGUACAUUCUGGACCGGCGGGGGAUGCCAUAUGGAGGCCGCGGGGACCCAGUCAAUGUCUCCCGGGUCAUCUCUGCCAUGGUGAACUCCCUGGAUGACAAUGGAGUCCUGAUUGGGAACUGGUCUGGUGAUUACUCCCAAGGCACCAACCCAUCAGCGUGGGUGGGCAGCGUGGAGAUCCUGCUCAGCUACCUACGCACGGGCUAUUCUGUGCCCUAUGGCCAGUGCUGGGUCUUUGCUGGCGUGACCACCACAGUGCUGCGAUGCCUGGGUUUGGCCGCCCGCACGGUCACCAACUUCAACUCCGCACAUGACACAGACACGUCCCUCACCAUGGACAUCUACUUUGAUGAGAACAUGAAGCCACUUGAGCACCUGAACCACGAUUCUGUUUGGAACUUCCAUGUGUGGAAUGACUGCUGGAUGAAGAGGCCGGACCUGCCCUCAGGCUUCGAUGGGUGGCAGGUUGUGGACGCCACACCCCAGGAGACCAGCAGUGGCAUCUUCUGCUGUGGCCCCUGCUCCGUGGAGUCCGUCAAGAAUGGCCUGGUCUACAUGAAGUACGACACGCCCUUCAUUUUUGCCGAGGUGAAUAGUGACAAGGUGUACUGGCAGCGGCAGGACGAUGGCAGCUUCAAGAUUGUAUAUGUGGAGGAGAAGGCCAUCGGUUCCCUCAUCGUCACAAAGGCCAUCGGCUCCAACAUGCGGGAGGAUGUCACCCACACCUAUAAGCACCCAGAAGGCUCAGAAGCAGAGCGGAAGGCAGUGGAGACGGCAGCUGCCCAUGGCAGCAAACCCAACGUGUAUGCCACCCGGGACUCAGCAGAGGAUGUGGCGAUGCAGGUGGAGGCGCAGGACGCAGUGAUGGGGCAGGAUCUGACGGUCUCUGUGCUGCUGACCAAUCGCAGCAGCAGCCGCCGCACUGUGAAGCUGCACCUCUACCUCUCGGUCACCUUCUACACUGGCGUCACUGGGACCAUCUUCAAGGAGACCAAGAAGGAAGUGGUGCUGGCACCAGGGGCCUCGGACCACGUGGCCAUGCCUGUGGCCUACAAGGAAUACCAGCCCCACCUGGUGGACCAGGGGGCCAUGCUGCUCAAUGUCUCAGGCCACGUCAAGGAGAAUGGGCAGGUGCUGGCCAAGCAGCACACCUUCCGUUUGCGCACCCCAGACCUCUCCCUUACGUUAUUGGGAGCAGCAGUGGUUGGCCAGGAGUGUGAAGUACAGAUCGUCUUCAAGAACCCCCUGCCUGUCACCCUCACCAACGUCAUCUUCCGGCUAGAGGGCUCCGGGUUACAGAGACCCAAGAUCCUCAAUGUUGGGGACAUCGGGGGCAAUGAGACAGUGACACUACGACAGACGUUUGUGCCUGUGCGACCAGGCCCCCGCCAGCUCAUCGCCAGCUUGGACAGCCCACAGCUCUCCCAGGUGCAUGGUGUCAUCCAGGUGGACGUGGCCCCAGCCACCGGGGGCGGGAGCUUCUUCUCAGACGCUAGAGGUGACAGUCACUCGGGAGAGGCCAUCCCUAUGGCAUCUCGAGGUGGAGCUUAGCCCCAGGCCAGGAGCACUGGAACUGGAAUCAUAUGAGCAAGGACAAUGCCCCAAGAUGGGGGCCCACUGCAGAGUGGCUCCCCAGGAGUUCAGGUGGGAAGGCCAAGGCUCCUCGAGAGGGAGCCAGUCUUCACUUGUGCGGGGUGGCGCAGAUGGUAAUAAACUGUUUUUUAAUG